ACUUGCUGUGGAGUUGAGCCGCCUGUUGCAUGCCAUGGCCGCUUUAUGCCGGAUACUUCUCCUUUUAUCUGUGGCUGCGGCCUCUGCGGCGGCACACAGGACCCAGCGGACAAAAAGAGGGUUACUGGAGUUGGCAGGAGUCAUCAAAUGCAGCACGGGGAGAUCCGCCCUGGCUUACAUGAUGUACGGAUGCUACUGUGGACUUGGGGGUCAAGGUUGGCCCAAAGACAGGGCAGACUGGUGCUGCCACAGACAUGAUUGCUGUUAUGGAGAUGCAGAACGUCUUGGCUGCCAAACCAAAACAACCCAGUAUCAGUGGACGUGUGAGGACAAGAAAGCUGAGUGUGAUGAUUUGAAAGACAAAUGUGAAAAGCUGCUGUGCAAGUGUGACAGAAACGCUGCCAGAUGUUUGAGGAAAGCACCUUUCAUCCGCAAAUUUGCCCUUUGGCCUGAUUUCCUCUGCGGUCACGAACACCCAAUGUGUAAUAUUUACUGACACAUAUGAAUGCAUGUCUUCUGUGCCUAUUGUAAAUAUAACAUGCAACAGUAACAAUGGUAAUAUCAUACGUAUUUGGCUUGUAUCGUGUUGUUGUUUUUUAUUGUCAUCAGGCUCUUUUUAUUAAAUUGUGAAAGAAUACAAUGAGUUGUGCUAGGGGUAAAAUAGUGUUGUGUUUUUGCAGACAUUUUUUUAUUGAUUAUGUUGUUCUAAUAAAAGACAAAAUGAAAACCUA